AUGUUGGUCGCCAGGGCGAUUGCCCAACUGCGAGCAUGCCGGCCGAUACCCGAAGCCGAAGUUCGCGAGCUCUGCCACAAGGCGAGGGAGCUGCUGAUCGAGGAGGGGAACGUCGUCACGGUCAACGCGCCAGUAACAAUAUGCGGCGACAUCCACGGCCAGUUCCACGACCUGAUGGAGCUGUUCCGCGUGGGCGGUGACGUUCCCGACACAAAUUAUCUUUUCAUGGGCGACUUCGUCGAUCGCGGCUUCUACUCGCUCGAGACCUUCCUCCUCCUCCUCUGCCUCAAAGUCCGCUAUCCCGACCGCAUGACGCUCAUCCGCGGCAACCAUGAGUCGCGGCAGAUCACCACCGUCUACGGCUUCUACGACGAGUGCCUGCGCAAGUACGGCAGCGCCAACGUCUGGCGCUAUUGCUGCGACGUCUUCGACUACCUCGCGCUGGGCGCCAUCACCGGCCCGCCGGGCUCCGGCGCGUCCGGCUCCAGCUCCGGCUCGAUCGGCAACCCGGCGGGGGCGGUGCUCUGCGUGCACGGCGGGCUCAGCCCGCUGAUCGACAAGGUGGAUAAGAUCCGCCUGCUGGACCGCAAGCAGGAGGUGCCGCACGAGGGCGCCAUGUGCGACCUGCUGUGGUCGGACCCGGACGAGAUCGACGGGUGGGGGCUGUCGCCGCGCGGCGCCGGCUUCCUGUUCGGCGCCGACAUCGUCAAGGUCUUCAACCACCGCAACGACCUCAGCCUGAUCGCCCGCGCCCACCAGCUCGUCAUGGAGGGCUUCAAGGAGAUGUUCGACGCCAGCAUCGUCACCGUCUGGUCCGCCCCCAACUACUGCUACCGCUGCGGCAACGUCGCCGCCCUGCUCGAGCUGUGCGAGGACGAGUCCGGCCUGGGCGUGCUGGCCAGGAGUAAUGGCGAUGUGGGUCGCAGCGAUGGAGGCGCUGCUGCUGCCGCCGCCGCCGCCGCCGGUGGUGCGGGAGGGGGGCUUAGGCAACCGCUGAUGGACGGCGGCGAUUGGUUUGCUCAGAGGGCUGGCCCGGCCAGGAGGUACCGCGUCUUCCAGGCGGCGCCGCAGGACUCGCGCGGGAUGCCGGCGAAGAAGCCGGUGGCGGACUACUUCUUGUGAGGUUGCUGGGAGAGCGAACUGGUUGGGUUGCUACGCCUCCCACCGAGCGAGGGCAAUGCAGUGCAAUGCGAUGCGAUGCGAUGCGAUGUAUGUGGGAUGAUGAGGCAGGCCGGGUCACAGACAGCAGGCGUACUUUAUAUCGGGUUUGGUUGGGCAGGGAAUCGGGCCGGGAGCAUAUGUUUUCCUGUAUCAUAGCUUGCUUUUGCGGUUGGGACACUUUAUACCCGCGAAAUGGAUUGCGUUGCCAAAA